UCCUGAGCCCUGUCUCAGACCAGAAAGGCUUAGAAUUACUGUUAAUUUGGGGAACUAAUGAGGAACUCUGCAAGCAGAGCAAAUCAUUUUUACAGUAGCUUUAGACAAAGGAGUCUUACGCAAGAUUACCUUAUUUUUGUAUGCUGGACUUUUUGACUUGCUUUGGCUUGGAUCAAAUAUUAGAAUUCUUGUGUAGCACAUAGAUUACAGGUUGAUUUAUUUUUCAGGUAUCAAGAAAGGGAAAUGUGGAAGUUCAGCUCAAAAUACUGCAGGAAAGACUGACCACAAAGGGAGGACCCUACAGAAAAUCCAUUACAAAGGCCUUCUCUAAGGUGUGUGUGUGUGUGUGUGUGUGUGUGCAUCUGUAUGUCGGUGUGUACGCACACUUGCAUGCGUAUGUGCGCUGGGGUUGGGGAGUGGACAUCAGUCAAUUCUUGGACCUGGGGAGGAGCUUUCACCUUAAAUAUCUCUGCUGAGAUCCAUCUGGGAAGAAAUGCCACAUUCCUCCCUCUCUGCAUCUCAUAAGAGCACAGGACCAGCCAUCUCUUCACAUCAAAGCCUGCAAGAGGGAGACAGGAACAAAAGAAGCAUUAACAUCCAUACUGUGGAGACCUCUUCAUGUGACUGUUUUUUGUUUUUGUUUUUUCUCUCUCACAAGUCUACUCUGCAAAGCGCUGCUGUGAUUUUAACAAUUAAAGAACCUGUCAGACGCUAACUUGGAGCAUCUGUGGGAAGAUGGCACUUAGUUUAGGAACGCACCAGCUCUUUGCUCACUUAUAGGACUUACAGAACUUCAGCCCGUGCCUUGGGUGGAUGUGCAAGUCAGACUACCCACAGUCCUUUGCUACAGGAUAUCCUGGCGUGGUGCGUUUGCUGUGUGUGUGAUCCUGCAGAAGACUGCCGGACACAUCUCCAGACUGAUUCCUGCAGAACCGCCCAUGAGUAGCCAGAUCAUCCCAAACAUCGGGGACUCGAGCCAGCUCCCCUCUCGACAGGACCAGGGCAGGGAGGAACUGGAGGACCCGGGGGGCGAAGGGUACCCCACGGGCCAGCACGGGAGCAGCAGGGGGCCACUGAGGAUCGGGGGGAAACCCCACAGAGAGCUGAGCCCCAUGGAACAGCAGGAGCUGAGGAGGAAGAUCAACACCCGGGAGAGGAGGAGGAUGCAGGACCUGAACGUCGCCAUGGACGCGCUGAGGGAGGUGAUGGUGCCGUACUCCUCCCCCGCCUCGCAGAGCCACGCCCACGCCGCCCUGCCCGGGGCCCCGCCCGGCCGUAGGCUCUCCAAGAUCUCCACCCUCAUCCUGGCGCGCAACUACAUCCUCCUGCUGAGCUCGUCACUGCAGGAGAUGCGCAGGCUGCUGGGGGAGGUGAGCGUGGGCGUGGGGGCCACGCCCGGACCCAGGCUCCUGCUCACGGGGAGCUGGCCCUUCUUCACCCCCAGCCAGCUGCUCCUGGCCUCCGACUCCCUCCUUACCCCCACCAAGUGCCCCCUGCUCCCCGGCCCCACCGAAGAGCCCCUGCUGCCCCCCCUCCAGUGGGGCACGGCAGGGGGGGGCGCUCCCGGAGGCCAGCUCUGCUCCUGCGGGGUCUGCAGGCUCCCCCGAUUCACCCACAAUGGCCCCGUAUCUCGGUUCCCCAAAUAACGGCACCCCCCAUUUGGACUCUUCUGAAAUGACUUGUUCCUUAGAACCUCUUGGACUCUUAUGUGCACGGCUCUGUAUGACGGACUUCAGCCUCCAUUUCACUAACCAGUUCUGAAAGUUUUUAGCUGAAAAUAAAUAGCCGUUUUCAUUUCAGCAACAGCUGAAGUAAAAUUUUAAAGGUGAGUUCACACUUUGAGAAUGAAUACAGGAAUAAAAUUUGUGAUUAUUA